CACAGUACCGCCGCGCGCCAGCGAGCUGCAGCAGAAACCGGAGCGCGCGCACCGCGAGCGGACGGAGGCGGCUGCGUGUGUGCGGAGUGGGAAUACGGAGAGGGAGGAAAAGAAAAAAAAAACCAACUAAACCCACUAAUAAAACACGCCGAGAGGGAAGUUUUCAAGUUAGGAAACCGCACUGUUGUUUAUUUAUUUAUUUAUUUUUUUUAUUUUUUGUUUUUAGUUAAAAGCGAGUCUCUCUGAGAAACGCGUUUUAUUAAACAGCGGCUCGUCUCGCGGCGUCUCACUCGAAACUCAACCAAAACACUUCCAACUCUUGUUUCUCUGGAUAUUACCACACAACACCGGGCCGUCGGUGUCUCGGAGCCUGGCCAUGAUAUAACUUUUCUGGGAACUUCUGAAAGGGAGGAGCAUCUUCAGCUGGAUAUACUCAAGACCUUCACAACAAUGCGGCAACAUUCUGCAUCAAUACUCCAGGAUGACUGAGACCGAAAUCCAUCAUAUCAGAACGCUGAUUUUCAAAGACCUGCUGAAACAAAUACCUGGAUUAUAAUUUGCAGUUAUUCAUCUUUUGUGGCCUGUAUUUUUUAUUUUUUAUUUUUUUUAAUUACAAGUAGCAUUGAAAGCAGAAGGACCUUCUUGUUGAGCUGCAGAAAUGGACUAGAAGCCCAUGUGUAACAGGGCGGCCGCUGCAGCUUGUGGAAUAACCUAGCCUCGGACUGUCGGAGGCCUGGGGAUACGAUCCCAGCAACGAACGACUAUCCCACCCACCAUCCGAAGGCGGACUCCACUACCCAAUGGCAUGGGCCAAGUUCUUCAGGAAGCCGGGGGGCAAUCUGGGGAAAUCGUACCAGCCGGGGAGCAUGCUGUCUCUGGCCCCCACGAAGGGACUGCUGAACGAGCCGGGCCAGAACAGCUGCUUCCUCAACAGCGCUGUGCAGGUACUUUGGCAUCUGGACAUCUUCAGACGCAGCUUGAGGCAGCUACCGGGACACUUCUGUCUGGGGGAGUCAUGCAUUUUUUGCGCAUUAAAGGGCAUUUUCUCCCAGUUCCAGCACAGUCGUGAGCGCGCCCUGCCCUCUGACAACCUGCGUCACGCCUUGGCAGAGACCUUUAAGGACGAGCAGCGCUUCCAGCUGGGCUUCAUGGAUGAUGCCGCAGAGUGCUUUGAGAAUAUUCUGGACAGGAUCCACCUGCACAUUGUGCCUGAAGAGACAGAUGCCUGCACUUCAAAGUCCUGCAUCACGCAUCAGAAGUUUGCCAUGACACUAUACGAGCAGUACGUGUGCCGUAGCUGUGGGGCAUCCUCCGACCCACUGCCGUUUACAGAGCUGGUGCAUUAUGUCUCCACCACCGCACUCCGUCAACAGAUUCAGCUUCAGCACAAAGAUGAGUCUUUCGGGGAACUUUUACAAGCAGCAAGUACAUUUGGAGACCUCCGUAAUUGUCCAAGCAACUGUGGCCAGAGGAUCAAGAUCAGACGUGUCCUCAUGAACUCCCCAGAAAUAGUGACCAUUGGGUUCGUGUGGGACUCGGACCAGUCGGACCUCACUGAGGACGUGAUCCGCUCACUGGGGCCACAUCUCAGUCUCUCAACACUCUUCUACAGAGUGACAGAUGAGCAUGCCAAAAAGGGAGAGCUGCUGUUGGUGGGGAUGAUCUGCUACUCCAGCCGCCACUACUGUGCCUUCGCCUUCCAUACCAAAUCCUCCAAGUGGGUCUUUUUCGACGACGCGACAGUGAAAGAGAUUGGCUCGCGAUGGAAAGAUGUGGUCUCUAAAUGUAUUAAAGGCCACUUCCAGCCUCUUCUCCUUUUUUACUCCAACCCUGACGGGAGUGCCAUCACCACAGAUGAUGCCUCGAGACAAAACAGCAGCCAGUCCCACUCAAAGACGCCCCUCAACGGGGAAGCUAAAGGCCUUGAGUCUCCAGUUCCGCCCCCGAAGAAGCUGGAACUCACCAGAGAAAACCUGAAUGCUCUGCUGGGACAAGAGCAACUCAAGAAGAGCGCCUCGACUUUAAGCCGCGGCAGCGCUCAGACCAGUGGAGGACGGGGACCAGUAAAAAUUGGCACCGGCGAUCCCAGGAGUCGCCUCAGGGACAUUUCUCGGGAAGUCGCCCAGAGAGCUGGAGAGGUGCGGGGCAUGCAUCCAUCCAGAAGAGAGCCUGAUCGGAGCGGUCAGCGGAGGCCGGAGACUCGCCACAGAGAUCCAGGUCAGGACAGGACCUACUCCCGCUCCGUUUCCCCUCCGGAGAACGGUUUCAAACAGCAGCUGGCGAGUCGGCUGUACAGCAGCCAAGGCAAAGGUCCCACUCGGACUGAGCGAACGCCUCAACUCGGCGGGCGGUCCUUCCACGAGCCUCCCUCCCACUCUCAAUCCAGGGUCCAAGUUCUCCCCAGCGUGCCCAAUGCCCGGAGACUGGAGCCGCUGUCCAACGGAUAUGAGACGGACAGCAGCCAGGACUCCCGGGAGCGAGCCGGAAACGGAACCAACAGCAGGAGCAGGCCCGCCCGUCCGUGGAAGCCCAUGAGGGAGGCGCUAAACGUGGACAGCGUUUUAAGCGCGGUUGGAGGCGAAAAUUCAAUAAACGAGGAGCGGAAGCAGCACAGCCCCCGGAGAAGACCGAGCAGCCAGUCGCCCUCGCGCGACCGCGAACGGGACCGAGAAUUCACCUGGGGAGGCCGCGAGGAGCGCAAGCCCAAGAGCCUGAUGACCAUCUACGAGGACGAGCAGAGGAACGAGACCGGCGGCAGCCGGAGCUCGCUGGACUCCGACAGCCGGGGGGGCCACAGCGACAAGGACAGGCCGAAGGGCUCGGCCACGCUCAAAGUGCACAGCGACAACUGGAAGAUCCAGAGGACCGAGUCCGGAUACGAAAGCAGCGACAGGCUCAGCAACGGCUCGGCCAAUCUGGACUCGCCCGUCGUGGAGAACCUCUCGUCCAAGGACCUCCGUCCCAUCCCGGAGCUGCUUCUGAUCAGGGACCCUUUCCCUCAUAGAAGAAAUGAUGAUUUAAUAGCCGACAUGUUUCCCUCUACGUUUUCCUCUGAUGAACACGGAAGAAAGUCUCCCGAUCUUCCAGACUCCAACGUUCUGUCCGGCCUGCCCAUACAGAGAAGACGAGCCUUUCGAUACACGCCUGGGAUCUUGGAGAAACACAGAGUUCUGGACAGCGAACAGGAGGAUGAUGUGGACGGCAGCCCGGUGAGCCCCGUGCCUCCUUACUUAGCAAAGACCAGCAGCUCCGAGUGGAACAGCUCGGACGACCUGGCUGGACCCCUCUCGGAACAGGAAGACGCCGGCAGCGGCCACAGGGACCCCUUCUUGCACAAUUACCCCCCGCCUUUACCCCCCAAAACCUUCGGCGGCAGUGGCUCGCUGCCACCGGAGGUGCCGCCGCGGUCCAGCCCCCGCGGCGGACCCCGGAACGGAAUCUCCCCGCUCUCCCACAACACCCUCCGGCGGUGGAUCGAGACGCCGGCCGAGCACCGGCUCUCCUCCGACGCCAGCUCCAAGUCGGGCUCCUCGGACCAGGACAGGAACGAGCUCUCGGCCAGCGAGAGCGACGACAGGCUACCCAGCCCCAAGCUGGGGCACGACGACGGUACGGACUCCUCCUCGCUGACGGACGUGGUUCUUCCCACCACUUACUUCUCCGUGGACAACUGCAUGACGGACACGUACCGGGCCAAGUACCACAAGAGGCCCGCUUUGUACAUGAGAGCCGAGGACCACACGUCAUCGGGGGAGAGCGACGUCGAGGGGCGGGGGCUCCCUUUACCAGAAGUCCAGGAGCCUUCCAGAAGCCGGAUAGAAUCAGGCUAUUCUACGACGAAGACUACUGCAAAGUGGAAUCCAGUAACUCCAAAAGGACUGGAUGAGCAUGGCUUCCUAUAAUUAAAGCACUGAGAGGGGUUCUCAGUGGUUGCAGGACUGGAUGACUCUUUCCGAUCGGGACGUGGAGUCUCUGGCGCACUCGUCAUAACAGAAAGAUGGACACGAAACUGGAUGCCAAAGAGAUUGUAAAACACUACGGCAGGUGUCUUUAAUGAGCUAUCUGGCUACCAAAAUUCAUUGAACAGUUCGUUUGCACAGCAAGGAAUGCCAGAAAGGUACAUGACUUUUUUGUUUUUUUCUUCCUGAAUUGUUGGAAUUCAAAAGGGUAAUGUUAGAAAAGAAUGUGUCACAUGAAGCCACUUUAGCACACAAGAGAUUACGAGAUUUACGUCACUCACGCUAGAGGAAGGACGCGCUUUCUGCCGGUUCUUGCACAUCUCAUGGAUCGCUUCUGUUUGUUCGACUGCUCUCAUUUCAGUGUUAUGAGGCGUCUGUCCCAGUUCUGUAGUCAGUGGGUGGGGGUUGUGAAGUAUGCAAGAAGUUCUCCUUAAGUCAGAUCCUGACAUCUUGGGCUCACUGGCUGCACGACUUAAAAAAAUGGAUCCCAGGGAUCCGUGUGAAUAUACAUCUCCAGGACGCCCCUUUAUUUCUUUAUUUCUUUCUUUCGGCUGUUUGCGGAAUUGUUGAGCGAGGAGGGAAAGCUACCAAAUAUGGAUUCUUGUUUGUACACAGGCUUCAGUGACCUCUGCGUAUAACCAACGUCGGUUUCCCGGCCGAAUAUGCUAAACCGGCGGCUUAUUCGGUCGGAAAAGUGCGCGGCACGUCUUUAUCUCCUCAUGCACACUGCACAUAUCCCAUCAUCGUUUGUGUAUUUACUGUGUUUCGUAUGUCUUACACUGUUUCUGCUUUAUUUUCACACUCCUUUACAGCUCUUUUAUUUUUUUUCUUUUGGAAGGAUCAAUAAAUUUGAGUUGUUUUCUUAAAAUAGGCUCCUGAGGGAUGUGGACAUGCCACGUCUUCCACAAAAUGGGCCUGCUUUUUCUUUUGUUUGUUUUUAACCGGGUUAUUAAUAAUGUUGUACACUAUCUUUGGUUGAGAUGUUUUGUAUAUGCAACAAACAAAUGCACAGUGCCUUUUGUAUUUUUCUAAGUGAAGGCAAGAUUAAAGUGGACCUGUGAUUUGUACAAUUGUUUAAUUUUAAAGAAAUUUUGUAACAUUUAAUUUUAUUUUUAUUGAUUAACAAUCAUUAAAUAAACGAUUUUAAUUACU